AUGUCCACAGUCCAAGACCUACAGAGAGAACCCGGUCUCAAAGUUCCCGAAGACCUCAUAAACGAGAAUCUCCUCGCCUGUCUCCUCGAUCCAUCGUCUCGAAACCAAGGUCUCGAGCAGUACGAUGAGGACGUCACGAGAGGAGGAUUCGAGAACCCUAUCCCUUCGGUCUACACCAAAGCCACAACCGGGCCGUCUCCGGGUUCUGGAACGGGACUGUUCGCCUCUAAGGAUAUCCAGCCGGGGGAGACGGUGGUGUUGAUCCAGAAGCCGUUCGUGGCGGUUCUGGAUACCGCGCAAUUGGAGAGUAAGUGCUCUGGAUGCCUUGGGGCUCAUGCGAAUCGGCAGGAAGCCGUUGAGUUGAAGGCGUGUACGGGGUGCCGGGUGGUGAAGUACUGUAAUAAGACUUGCCAGGCGAAGGACUGGAAACUUUUUCAUUCGCUCGAAUGCCGGAUCUUCCAGAACCUGAAGCCUCGAGUCCUUCCCAAUAAUGCCAGAGCCAUUCUCCGGAUGGUUAUGCUUAGCGAGCGUGGCAGAUACCCCGCUGGGGAAAUGGAACUUUUCAAGGGCCUUGAGAGCCACAUGAAAGAUGUCUGUAUACGGAAUGCGAAUGGAGACAAGGACCAGUGGGAGCGUAUAUUGCUGACAGCAAAAGCCGUGAAGAAUUACUCUGGCUGUGCCAUGGAUGAGAGUUUGAUUGCUGAGUAUGCGGCAAAGCUUGAUGUGAACUCUUUCAACUUUGACAAUGUCAUGGACGAACGUCUGGGAAUCUAUAUGCACCCCUACGCGGCCCUGAUGAACCACAGCUGCGAUUACAACGCGACAGUAGCUUUUGACGACGAUAGACUCCACGUUAAAGCUCUGCAUCCCAUCAAAAAGGGCGAACAGAUAUUUAUCACAUAUGUGGACACCACAAACCCGUAUAAAAUCCGCCAGAAGGAGCUCUCGGAUCGCUACUAUUUCACCUGCCGGUGCUCAAAAUGCCAACAAGGCGCAAACGGACGUGAGGAUGUCUUCCCAGGGGAUCCGCAAGACCAAGAUGCAGUCGAGCGCCUGCAGGUCCAAGGAUUCAAACUCGUCAAUGCCACCUCUACUACGGAGGGCGGAUCAAGGCACGAGUCAAAAGACUCCCUGUCGAAUCUCCAGCAAGCUAUGCGGGAAAUGCUCGGCCAUGCAUGGCCAAUCACCCGACAACCGUUGGUUGCAAUGCGAGACGAGCUGAUCACAUGUCUGCUCUGCCAGGGCUCCCUACACACCGCACUUGUGCAAGCGCUCAUCCGCUAUCGGCUCACGGAUCCCAUUCUUUACCCGGACGUGCGACAUCCCGUACGCCAGCUGCACGCCUGGGCCGUGGCCAUGAUCGCCAUCAAUUUGGCGCAGCCGAAUGAACCGAAAUCGCAUGAGGUGGUUACGUUUGAGCGGGAGAUGUGCGCCUUGAUCGCGCAUUCUGUUCUUUACCAGCUCAUGGAUAAUCUUUCGAGUGGUUGCACCGUGCCGUCAUUCAAAAAAAUCGUUCGAAGGGCGUUCGAAGACGCAGCAAUGCCCAUCUAUCAGAGCGUUCCCAAGGAAUCGUACGGCAACCUGGUUGGAAUGAUACGCAGCAUAUGGAAGCGAAUAGACAACAUCAUUGCUAGUGAGUUGAGGCGGGAACGGGAGCAGGAUCAGUAA